GUCAUCCAUAGCCUUUCAAUUAUGAAUUAUAAUAAAGGCGGGAGAGAAAAUCUCCUUUUUUUAAAUAUCAUGACGUGGAAUUUUCAUCCAUUUAAAUGCAUGACAGUCCUAACGCUCCAAUUCCCGCACAAAAAUGACUUCUCCUGCCCAAAUUUUCGGCUUUGACAUUCAAACUUUUGCUUUUUUCACAUUCUCAACACUCUUCUUCUCCACCUUGUGCCUGUAUUAUUAUCACGGAAAAUCGCGCAAGCAAUUGCCGCCGGGGCCGCCGGGAUUCCCGGUGGUCGGAUACCUGCCGUUCCUCCGCCGAAAUCUACACCACCAGUUCACCGAUCUCGCCGCCAAGUACGGCCCGAUCUUCAAGCUCCGGCUGGGGAGCCGGCUCUGCGUGGUGGUGAGCUCGCCGUCCACCGCGAGGGAGAUCCUCCGCGAGCAAGACGCGGUAUUCUCGAACCGCGACCCGACGGCGGCGGCGCUGAUCGCCACGUACGGCGGCCGCGACAUCGCCUGGGCGCCGAUGGGCGGCUACUGGCGCGACGCUCGGAAGAUAUUCGUCCGCGAGAUGCUGAGCAGCGGCAACAUUAGGGCUUGCCGCGAGCACCGCAGAUCGGAGGUCAGAAAGGCGAUCCGAGAUCUGAGAUCUAGAGCGGGCGAAUCCGUCGAUGUCGGAGAAUUGGCUUCUCGGACUGAAAUGAAUGUUGUGACGAGCAUGAUUUUUGGAUCUGAAAGGGCUGGGGACGAGUUCAGGAAGAUAAUGGGGGAAUUUAUUGCUUCAAUUGGGGAGCCAAAUGUGUCUGAUUUCUUCCCAUGGCUGGCUAGGUUUGAUCUGCAGAGGAAGCAGAGGAAGAUGAGGGAUUUAGUGAAGUUUGUGGGAAAUACUCUUGACCCAAUCAUUGAAGAAGGUUUGAAGAUUGUUUCUGAGAAAUCUCGGACUGCGGGGAAGGGUGAAUUCGAGGAGAAGAAAGAUUUUCUGCAGAUCCUCUUGGAGCUCAAGGUUAGUGAAGCUGGCAAAUUGUUGGAUUUUGAUGCAAUCAAGGCUAUCUUGCAGGAUAUUGUGCUAGGGGGGACAGACACAACAGCAACAAUGGUGGAGUGGGUCAUGGCAGUGCUACUUGACAGUCCAGAGGUAAUGAAGCAAGUUCAGAAAGAACUCGAGGAGAUUGUAGGAAUGGACAACAUUGUCGAAGAGUUCCAUCUUCCAAAGCUCACUUAUUUGGAUGCUGUUGUGAAAGAGACGCUCCGUUUGUACCCUGCAUUACCACUCCUUGUCCCUAGGUGCCCCAGCCAAACCUCACAAGUGGGUGGGUACACAAUCCCAAAGGGCACUAAGGUCCUUUUAAAUGUGUAUGCAAUUCAUAGAGACCAUAAACUUUGGGACAACCCAUCACAGUUCAAACCCGAAAGGUUCUUGAAUCGGAGUUUGGGUUUGUUGGAUUACACUGGCAAUGACCCACGGUUUCUCCCGUUUGGUUCGGGUAGGAGAAUCUGUGCGGGAAUUCCCUUAGCUGAGAAGAUGUUGGUGUACAUUUUGGGGUCCUUGUUGCAUUCCUUCUAUUGGCAUCUUCCUGAGGGUGAAAAACUUGAUUUGUCUGAUGCGUUUGGGCUUGUCACCAAGAAAAGGACUCCUUUGAUUGCUGUCCCAACUCUAAGGCUAUGCAACUCUGAACUUUAUUGUUAAGUUCUGACUCGGAGAAAUAUAAUGUGUGUGUGUUUUUAAAUGGAAUAUCAAGUCGCUGCAGAGUGUGUUGAAUUUAUAGAGAAUAAUGAAUAGUGGAGUCACAC